AUCAUCGCCGCAGAAUCGCCAGUCGUAUCACAACAUGUCGGCGCCUGUGACGAUCCGCACGCGGAAAUUUGUCCGGAAUCCCUUAUUGCAGCGCAAACAGUUUGUUCUUGAUGUAAUUCACCCUGACCGGGCGAACGUCCCGAAGUCUGAGUUGCAAGACAUGAUCGCUAAGAGUCACAAGGUGGCUGACACGCAGUUGAUAUCACUGUUUGGUUUCCGCAACAAGUUUGGCGGUGGUAAGUCCACUGGGUUCUGCUUGAUCUACGACUCAGCGGAAGCUGCCAAGAAGUAUGAGCCCAAGUAUCGGCUGAUUCGUAACGGAAUCGUCGAGAAGAAGGAGACUAGCCGUAAACAGAUCAAGGAGGCGAAAAACCGUAAGAAAAAGGUUCGCGGUACUGGCCGCCGCAUUGCCAAUCACAAGGCUAAGAAGGCCGCCAAGGAAGGCUAAGGUUCAUCUCUUCCAGAGACCUCGCGAUGCCGGGUUUUACGCAGUUCGCAGCCGUCUUCCUCGGUCAGGGACGAGGAAAAUAUUGAGGCAAAUAACUAGCUUUUCCGCUGGUUGGGUUGGUGACUCCGGUGACCCCUAGAGACCCCUGCUGGAAUAGCUGCUGUAAUGGGCGGUGUAGGUGUGCUAACUGGCGCAGCACCGGGUAAGUCUGCCAGUAUAGUUCUUGGUCACACACCACGCGUAGACACUCAGGCUAAAUCUAGGUUCUG